CUUGAGAACCCAAAGAUCCUUUGCGUUCGACCACCACUCCCUCCAAAACCACACGACCACACUACAAGAACUUGUCUCGGUACAGAAGUAGUACUAACAACAUCCAUCAAGCAACAUGACUAUCCUAAGACUAUUCUGGUUGGCAUUGCUAUUGAUGGUAGCCACCACCACAAGAGUGACAUUGGCAGAAGAAGAAGAAGAAGAAAUAAUUGAUGAAAACGAAGGCUACUAUGAACACAACGAUGACGAAUACGAGCUUCGACGUUGCCAUUGUCCCUGUGACACGGAGCAUGGGACAUACGAUGAAGAUACCGAGAAUUUCAGUGCUUACGACUAUGAAGGACAUCAUCUUUGCAUUCACGAUGACGAAAAUUUCGAUCCACACUUUCAAGAAGGUUCCAAUGCUCCCGGGUAUUGCGAUGAUUCUUGUCUCUAUCUAGAAGACAAUGACGGAAACAACGAAGAGCUCUAAUAACAGUAUUCCAGAAACACAUACAACAAUAUUAUCACACAAGUCCCACCAAACUAUUCUACUGGAAAAUGGAGAAAAUUUGGAGCAAUCUACUCCAAGAACCAAAAUUGUCAUAGCAUGGCAUGGCAUGGAAUCAUGUCGUUAUUAUUACUCAACAAUAAUAUUAUUCUCACGUGAUGAGACUUUUUUCCGUUGGGAUUGAUGGAAUAUUGAAAACUUGCUAGGAAGAGUUGCUUCUUGUGCGUGCGUACUACGGUACUAGUUAUCUAGCAAGAAAUGGAAACUACUAGAGUCUGUAUGUAGACAAGGCAGCAAGUGUAGUCUUCUUUUCGUUCCAAUUGGUUUUCAGCGACCCUUCUUGUUACUAAUGUAGCUACGGUAGCUUGCUAUAUAGUUUAAAAGCCAGCCUGACAGAUGAUGGUACCGGUAUAAAUCUCUCUACUUUACUAGUGAUCGCAGUUAGUUAUCUC